AUGGAUGAUAAAGAACACGAAGAAAACGUACAACAAAAUGGAUCUCAUGACACAGCUGAGGAGUCAAUUACGGCACCUCUUGUAAAUGGAACUGCAACUGAUAGCACAGCCAUCGACUCAGGAUCUGAAGCCGUGACAGAGGGCUCUUCUGCAGGACCAGCAUCCACGGCAGAGACGGAAAUAGUCAAAGAUAAGUCAACUCCGUCAGAAGCCAAUGAAGAGCCAGAGCUGGAUAAUAGAACAUUUACCGUAACGGGUCUGAAACAUCCUGGAGGAUGGAGGACGCAUUCCGAGAUUAUAAACAUGCUUGCACGCUGUGACUCCUUCAUUAUUCGGUUUGGGCGUGCAACAAAGCAAAAGGGACCAAAACCUGGCUCAAUAUCGUUCACUUUCGAGUCUAUUAGCUCCGCGAGAGAAUCGUUCACACAAGCGCAGAAAAUGCGAGUUGAUGGUCAAGCUGUCAAGGUCGAAGCAAGCCCUGCUUUCUUUGCUCCUGCUGCUUGUCGCUCUCGGCCAUUUUUCAAGAUUCCUGUUGAUGAAGAAACUCAAAAAAGGACAAUCUAUGCCCUUGACCUGCCAACCUCUGCAGAACGAAACUUAUUGAACAGCAUAUUCGAGGCAGAUCAUAUUGAGAAGUUAACCUUCCUCCCGCUUCGGAAUCAACAUAAACAAGCUGAGGUCGUCAUGUACUCAGAAGAACAAGCUGAAGCGGCAAGGUCUGAAGACGGUUUCGAGCUUGACGAUGGGCAGCAGCAAAGCGUUUUGAGGAUCCUGAAACCAGCCGAGUAUGCCAAAUUUGUCGAGGAGGAGCAGAAACCAAUUCCUUUUGUACCCCCAGAAGUCGAAACUUCAUCUGCUCAAGAACCUGUUGCUACCACUAAUCAGCAAGCGGCGCCUAAACCAGCCGAAGCAAAAUUGGCACCGGUGCUAGACGAGGAUGAUGUGACAGACAUGUUCAUAAAGUACGUGACGGACCAGCGUGUCAACUGGGCAGAAAUUACGGAUGUCAUGGAGCUGUAUACAAUGUGCGACGCAGUAUCGGCUCAAAUUGGAGGACUUCCUGACAGUGUACUGCGACCGGCAAUGUUACAUACUUUACAACGGCAUCUCACCGAGGCACAGACUGCAUGGAUGCGGGAACAUUUACAAGACUUGAUAAAGGGUUGGAAACAUGAAGUGAAAAAAGAUGCGUUUGUCGAUCGACCCACAUUGGUUCAGAUGAAGGCUGCUGAAUACGUGCCCGUGGCUCCCAGUAGGAAACGAUUGAGAGGGAAAAAUUCAGCAGAAUCUCGUGCAGGUCGAGUGUUGAUGGGAGUAGGUGCCUUAUUGGAAGCUCAACGUCAAAAAAUGGUAACAGAAGAAGGCGAGUUAGAAGUAGAAGAAGAUGAACAGGGCAAUAUCAUGCUCGGCGGAGAGGCUCUCAGCUUUGAAUCAUGGGCAAAACUGACUAAAACAAACCAACCCGAUAUCGUGUGUGCGAGGUUACCAGGUGAUGAACCCGCAGCCAAAAAGUCAAAACCUGAAGUGCACGAUUUCAGGAAGCUGAAACAAAGUCAGAAAGAGUGGAAAGAGAAGAGAAUGGGCGCCAAGAAGAUGCGAAUUAUGCAACAGGCUCGUGAAGAACUAGAAGCGCUAGAAAAGGAAAAACAGGCAACGGCACAAGCAAAAAAUCCCAAGGACGUCGAGAAUGGCAAAGAAAAGAAGGAUGCAGAAAAACCUUCGUCAAAGCCUGCGAAAGAGCUGGACGAGGGUGAAAUUGAUUCGGAAGAAGAACGAAGAGAAGAGAAAGAGAAGAAACGAUCGAGAAAGAAAGCGUCGAGUUCUUCGAAUUCGUCAAGCAGCUCAUCCAGUUCGGAAAGCGAUGACGAUGGUGAUGCACGGAAACGACGACGGAACAGGCGAAAGACAGAACGGCUGAAGGUAGCCAUUUCAUCGGUAACAGAGGCGUUAUGUUAA